GCAUGUUCGCCAUCUUCGCCGCGCUCCUCUGCGGCGCCGCGGCCCUGCAGCCGACCUGGCAGUCUUUGAACCUCCCGCCGCCCAUCGUCCAGGCCCUCACGUCCACCGACGACUACGCGACGCCGACGGCCGUACAAGCGGAGACGAUCCCCGUCGCCCUCGACGGCCACGACUGCCUCAUCCACGCGCAGACGGGGUCGGGCAAGACGCUGGCCUACCUGGCGCCGCUCUUCGCGCGCGUCGACGCGUCGCGGCAGACGACGCAGGCCGUGGUCAUCGUGCCGACGCGGGAGCUGGGGCUCCAGGUCGCGCGCGUCGCGCGGCGCCUCGCGUCGGCGCUCCCGGCGGCGCCCGACGGCAAGCCCGUCAUGGUCAUGUCGCUGCUCGACGGGUCGAGCCACCGGCGCCAGCGCGCCUGGGCCUGGGCCGAGCCGCCCCACGUCGUCGUCGGCAACGCCAAGUCCGUCCACGGCAUGGCCGCGAACGGCGGGUUGCGCUGCGCGGACGCGGUCCGCUACGUCGUCGUCGACGAGGUCGACGCCUUCCUCGACCCGGCGAGGAGCGACGACCGCGCGGCGCUCCACGCCUUCCUCUUUCGCGAGACCCGCCAGACGGUCUUCGCGACGGCGUCCUUGGAACAGCCGCGCCACCUCGCGGAACGAUUGGCCUCCAUGCGCUGGUCGAAGAAGGCGCCGAGCUACGUGCGCGUCGGCGCCGCCGAGGCGACGCCGGGGUCGCUAUCGCACUUCUCCGCGGUCGUGCCCGACAAGGGCGCGAAACUCGCGGUUUUGAGGAAGAUGCUCCGCGACGUCAAGCGUUCCUCGACUCGAUUCGCGGCCAUCGUCUUCUUCGACGAGCGCCGGCCCCUGCAGGCCAUCGCCGACAAACUCGAACAGGCCGACGGCGUCGCGUGCGCGGUCCUCGACGGCCGCGACGACCUGAGCAGCCGAAAACGCGAGGUCGACGCGUACACGGCGGGCGACGUCGACGUGCUGCUCUGCACGGACCUCGCGGCGCGGGGCUUGGACGCGCCGCGGACGACCCUGGUGGUCCAGUUCGACUUUCCCGGCGACGCGACGGCCUACCUGCACCGCGCGGGCCGCGCGGCGCGCCUCGGCCGCGCGGGCGCGGUCCUCACGCUGCUCGAGGCGCGGGAGGCCUUCGCGCUGGAGCGCCUCGCGAACUACCUCCGCGUCGACGUCGACGCGGUGGACGUGAGCCGCGACGGCGCGGCGCGGCUCGUCGUGGAUAAUCACGGGUAGUUUGGUUC